CUCGUCAUCAUCGUUUCUCGGCGUGCUUUAAUGUCCCCUUCGUUUUCUUCCAAGGUCGGCCCCCUCAGAGGCUAGGCUGCUGCUGUUCAGUGCGUCGCUCUCCUCCAACACAUCGCCUCUUCUUCAGUUUCUCGCCGCCGUGAUCGAAUCUGUCGUCAAGAUUCGAGCUUGCCGCGCUUCCACGGCGCAGGGAGCCGGUUCCUUGAGGCAAAAUCGAAUCUUUGAUCGGGGGAAGAUCGGCGUUGAUUUGGGGAUUUUGAUGGGCUGGUUAUGCUGCUUCAGAGGUUCUUCCUCUAGGUUUGAAUCAAUUCAAGAUACAGUUUGCUCAAGCUCCUACCUCAUGGAUAUCAAGCCUAUUUGCAGGUUCUUCAGCUGAUGCUGGUAAAGGGAGAAGCUCUAAUAGCCGCGCAAAAAUCAGUUAUGGAUUUAGCCUUGUUAAGGGGAAAACAAACCAUCCUAUGGAAGAUUAUCAUGUUGCUAAGUUCAUUCAUAUGAGAGGACAGGAACUUGGUCUAUUUGCUAUAUUCGAUGGCCACUUGGGGAAUAAUGUACCUGCCUAUUUACAAAAGCAUCUAUUUUCAAACAUUUUGAAAGAGGAAGAAUUUUGGACGAAUCCAGAUGUAGCUAUUUCAGAAGCCUACCAAAAGACCGAUAGGGCAAUUCUUUCACACAGUCCUGAUCUUGGUCGAGGCGGAUCAACUUCUGUUACUGCAAUCCUCAUCAAUGGCACAAAGUUAUGCAUAGCUAAUAUCGGUGACUCGAGAGCAGUUCUUGCAAAAGGUCAACAAGUGUUACAAAUGACAGUUGAUCAUGAUCCCAACACUGAGCGUGGAAGCAUUGAGAAUAGAGGAGGUUUCGUAUCGAACAUGCCAGGUGACGUCCCAAGGGUUAAUGGCCAGUUAGCUGUGUCGCGUGCUUUUGGAGACAAGAGUUUGAAAUCACAUUUACGGUCCGAUCCUGAUAUUUGUUGUUUAAACAUUACAUCAGAAACAGAGCUACUCAUCCUUGCUAGUGAUGGUAUAUGGAAGGUCAUGAGCAAUGAAGAGGCAGUCGCGAUUGCCAAAAGGUUUAAGGAUCCACAAUCCGCGGCAAGACAAUUGACCACCGAGGCAUUGACUAGAGACAGCAAAGAUGACAUUUCAUGUGUUGUUGUACAAUUCAGAUCAUAAGAAAAGCUUGUUUCUUUCAGUCAUCCAUAACCAGAGAUAAAUUUUUCAGUUGACCAUCAGAAAUUUGGAAGAUUGGUGAGGUUACUAAUACAGAUUCAUAUGGUAAUACCUUGAAAACUGAAAGCACCAAAGAGCUCAGCUUUCCGCAAUCAGUGUGAUCUUGCACCGUUUCCAUUUUGCUCGAUGCAUCAAUGAUCAGGAGACUCCCCUGUUUCUAUGAGCAGGGAAACUAGUAGACCUCUCCUUAAGGUUGGCUUUCGCAUAAUGUUUGGUUGGAUUGGUUACUUUCUUUUCUUUAGCAUUCCUUUUCCUCUUUGGAUUGCAGUUUUGCAGCAGAGUUUUGGAUUUAGGUUGCUAAUGUUCGUGAUAAGAUUGCGAUCGUCUCUAUGUAAUUUGUUAAAAUAAUUGUUGUUUUUAAUCCAG